CUGGUCGUCCCUUCCACCGACUCUGCUACCUUACUCUGCCGCUUGUCCCUUCCCUCGGCCUCAGCUUCCACAGCCUCGCCUUCCAUUCUCGUAGUCCCUCCCAACAGAGGAAAUACCGUAGCCAUCACCCUCCCGUCGUCUUCUGGCCCUAGCCUCCCCUAGUACAGCGAUAGCAACAUCAACAAGCGGCAGCAGCAGCAGUAGAGAUGGCGGACUGCGGCUUCAUCCCUCUCCCUCUGUGUAUCCAAUGCGGAACGAAUGACAAUCCAUGUCAUGUCAAGAUCGUGGGUCCGACCUUAGGCUUCAUUAUUGGGAUCUUGAUGGCCAUCGUCUGCUGGCCGGCGGCUAUCCUGUGUUGCUGUUGCGCGACAGAAAUGGGCAAGAAGAUGCUGGGAGCGCCGGCGGACACAUCGGGCGCCAUAUCAAAUGCGAUACCUUUUUGAUGUGGAAAAGAGAAUGCAUACACACCGAAACGCGUGGAGCGUCACUUAGGCCGCGAAGAGAACAGUAUCGUUGGUUAGGAUGCGCGUAGGAAGGGUUAGUCCAGUUCUGUGUCGUUGAAACGACGGCUGUCGAGGGCCAGAGAGAGAGAGGGGGGGGGGAGCUGUUACCUGCGUGAGAUAAUCUUUAACGACCUUGGGGGCCGCGUAGCGUCAAUGGAGAAGAAAUCUGUGCCACAUGCAGUUUCAUGCAACCGCGUGUAGUCAGGCCAAUUCCGCGACAGUGACAGAAGAAGAAGAGUGAAGUGAAGCCCCAGGUUCAUAGUCCGUGCGACGACGCACAACAACUUAUUCGACUUUGCGCAGAGAAUGUUGACAUGGUAAUUGACCUCACACAGCGCACCUCCACGCUUUCGCCGACUAUCUUGAGCCCCAUGGCGGACAUGGUGCAGAAAAACUCUGGUGACUCUGGGCAUCCUCCACUCAAACACGAAGAUCUGAGCCACGAAGAUGGAAUCCAAGUGAUUGAUGGUUUCUACCCAUCACCUGACCCACCAGCAGCGCAUCAUCUAAGUCCAACUUCCCAACUUGACGAGCCCUCUGACCUUCCGACAGUCACAGAUGAGCACUCUGGAACCCCAAUGGCAGACAUCGGAGCCAAAGAGAGUAUCGGAAGCGUGAUCGACUUCCAGGCGCAGCCAGAGGACGCGCCCACCCGCCCGGAUUCACUCGAGGCGAAUAGAUUGACCUUGCGCCCUUGCAAGACUGCUGCACCACCCAUCAACAGCUCAGCACAACAUCUUCGACACUUCGACCCGCCCGAACUGCCAAUGAAGUCCAGCAGCAGCAAAAGUGAGCUUCAGGCCGAGAUGCGACAUGAGGAACUCGUCGCAAGCUCACCUUUGUUCUCGAUGCCGGCGCCUGUGCCGUUUUCGCUCUCCAAAGUUAGACAUGGUGCCCUCGCCAAACGACGAGCUGCCUCUUCUUCAUCUCCACUCGCCGCUAGACAGCCAAUUCCUAAGAAGAGCAAGCGCGCGCCUCAGACUGCUUCGUCGCCCUUGGUGCUGUUUGAGGAUCUUCCUUCGUUCUCCGAAUCUUCCGCGGCCAGCAGGCACUCUAGCACCUCGAACACUACGAGAGCGGCUGUCGCGAAGUCGCGUCCAAGAUACAUCAGCAGCAGCAGAAAUCGUGGCGAUCAUCUCGUCGCGGGCGGCGGUGGCGGCGGUGAUAUUAUUGGGAACGUACAGUCUGUGUCUGGAUCCGAAGAAGAAGACGACGAGAACGAAGACGAGGAGAAGGAAGACGACGAGAACGAAGACGACGAGAAGGAAGACGACGAGAAGGAAGACGACGAGAAGGAAGACGACGAGAAGGAAGACGACGAGAAGGAAGACGACGAGAACGAAGACGACGAGGAAGAGGAAGAAGAGGAAAAACCACCAGAAAUCAAACGGAAACGAAAGCACAAGGUAAUCACCAGUCCUACUACUACAACAGCAGCAGAAGAAGAAGAAGAAGACAGCGCAGCACCACCUCCCAAACCAGCUCCCGCGCGCCGUCACAGACCACCCACGGUAGGUUCGCACGAAUUGAAGAAUUUGGCCAUGGAUACUUUUCAUAAUAAUCAUCAUCAUGAUAAUGUGCUGCUGGAGAACGAGAAGGCUGCUACAGCUGCUUCUGGCUCACGUGGACGACAAAAACGACAAAAGCAACAACAACAUGUUGCGAGCCCAGCGCAGCGUGUGACGACGAGGUUGCAGAGAAGGGAGAGAAUGGCUUCGUUGCCGGGAGUUUCUACCAAGGAGGCGGUGCAGAGAAGGAGGAACAAGAGAGGAAGAGGGAGAGGGCGAGGGCGAGGGGGUGGAGGGGAGGUGUGA